AGUGACAUCAUGUAGUUAUAGUACCACGUGUAAUGAAAUUAAUUAUGAGUAGUCCAACUUGAACGUCCUCAUCAAGUAGGAGUAUCAACUUUUACUCGGGUCCAGUGCCUCAGAGUUCUUUGAACCGUCACCGUGUACCUCGGGUAUACCGUUCUUCGCUACGGUGCUACUCUCAACCUGAACUCCAAGCUGAACACUUACUACUGCUGGAUGGACAGCUUGAAUUCAUCUGUGUUCGACCUCCCAUUGCAGCCAGAUAGCGCAAGGACAAGACACGAAACAUGGGACAGACAUGAUCCAAUGGCACAAGUAACUGAUAGUGACCCUGACCAUUCCCAGAACCAUGUGUCAGACUCAAGUUCCCGCUCAAAACCGUCUUUCUUGGUGAUAUCCGGUGGUUCGGGCGGGAACUCCAUAUGCGCUGCAUUCGAAAACGCAUGUUACGUUCUUCCGGUCUCGGACGACGGUGGAUCGUCCAGUGAGAUAAUCAGGGUACUUGGUGGACCGUCCAUCGGUGACAUUCGCUCAAGGCUUGUCAGAUUGAUUCCUUCGGCUCCUCCUGGUUCGCCUCUCGAUGCUGUGCGCAUCCUUUUAUCUUACAGAUUACCCGUGAACGUGUCCGAGAAUGAAGCACGUGCUGAAUGGCGGGGCAUCAUCGAAGGUCAAAGUCCUUUGUGGUCGGGCAUCCCGAACGACCGGAAGGAAGUCAUCCGAGGUUUCCUGGUAUACUUUGAGAACGAAGUCCUCAAGCGAGCACACAAACACUUCUCCUUCUUGAAUGGAAGUAUAGGUAAUUACUUCCUGGCAGGUGCGCAGGGCUUCUUCCGGUCCUUACCGUCCGCAAUCUUUUUAUUUUCUACAAUCACAAAUAGCCAGGCGAACAUUCUGCCAGUCAUCGUGACAAACCAUAUCACUACCAUUGCAGUGGAAUUGGAGAACGGCGCGAAGCUGCUGGGUCAAUGUGAAAUAUCGCAUCCAGUGGCUCCUGCAAUCUCCUCUGACUCAGAACUGCUGUCAUUGGAUCCGCUAUCUCCCCUGGAUGGACUAGGCGAGAUCAUACCGCAGAGUCGGUCCAACAUUAUGUACAGUCAACAAGCCAAAGAAGGCGGAUAUGAGCCACUCCAUUCUCGAAUAUACAGACUCUACUAUAUUAAUGGGUAUGGCCAUGAAGUAUACCCGAAACCAAACCCUCAAUUUAUCAAGAACCUAUCAACUUCGGAGAUGUUGGUGUACUCAUGUGGAUCUUUAUGGACAAGCAUCAUUCCCUGCCUAGCUCUCCGCGGUGUAGCAUCUGCGAUCGCGGGAUCUCGGCUCCUACGUGUCAAAGCGCUUCUUCUGAACGGCAGUAAUGAUAGAGAAACAGAUGGAUACACCGCCGUUGACUAUAUUAGAGCUAUCACCUCGGUGUUGAAUUCGCAAUACCCGCCAAACGGGCUAGGAAACGUUCCACUGUAUCCGAUCUCAGCGUUCAUCACACAUCUGGUAUAUCUUGAGGGGACAAAGGUAGCAGUAGAUGUCGAAGCCAUAACCGCACUUGGUAUCAAGUGUAUUUUGGUCGGCAAAAGAUCCGAAUGCACGCCCAAUUCCGGAAUACCGCGAUAUGAUGCUGCUGUGGUUCAGGAAGCCUUUGAGGAAAUUUUAUCAGGCCAAUAGUUACUUAGAUAACACAGCAAUGUCUUCUCACUGAAAUAUAUAGACAGAUCGUUGGUGCCAACAUACAUGA